GCAGAGCUGGGUCUAAAUGAUCACCACCAGAAUGAAGUGAUCAAUUACAUGCGCUUCGCUCGUUCCAAGCGUGGUCUCCGUCUCAAGACAGUGGAUUCUUGCUUUCAGGAUCUUAAGGAUAGCAGGUUGGUGGAGGAGACUUUCACAAUAGAUGAGGUGAUAGAAAUGCUGGAUGGGUUGCAGACUGUGGUACACAGUGAAGUGGAAUCAGAACUCAUUAACACGGCAUACACCAAUGUGUUACUUCUACGCCAACUCUUUUCACAGGCUGAGAAGUGGUACCUUAAGCUACAAACUGACAUCUCUGAGCUGGAAAAUCGAGAAUUGUUAGAGCAGGUUGCUGAAUUUGAAAAGGCAGAAAUUACAUCUUCAAACAAGAAGCCCACUUCAGAGCUUAUUAAGCCUAAACUUGCUCCAUUAAAUGAAGGUGGGUCAGAGCUGCUAAACAAGGAAAUUACAAGACUUCAAGAAGAAAAUGAAAAACUGAAGACUAGACUCAAGACAAUAGAAACACAGGCUACAGGUGCAUUGGAUGAAAAAACAAAAUUAGAGAAAUCACUGAAGGAAUUACAGAUGAUUCAGGGAGAUCAAAAGACUAACAUAACCCAGGAUAUAAGUCAACUGGAAGAUACAGUUUCUGCUCUGAGGUGCCAGUUUGAGAAGACUCUGAACGACAGUACUGUCAACCAAAAGUUCUUGGAAGAGAACUUGGUGACGACAAAGCAUGACCUACUCAAGGUUCAGGACCAAUUAUCUAUAGCUGAAAAGGAGUUGGAAAAGAAGUUCCAGCAAACAGCUGCUUACCGCAACAUGAAAGAGAUUCUCACCAAGAAAAAUGAGCAGAUAAAAGAUCUACGGAGAAGACUUUCAAGAUAUGAACCAGAUGAUUAAAAUGUGAAGAGCAUUUGGUCUCUCAAGAAACUGCCACACAAAGAGAACAGAUUGUUGUGUUACUUUAAGGGAUUUGUUGAAAUACUUUCAGAGAUUUGUUUUGAAUGAUUUAUUUUCUGCUUCAGCCAACACUUAAAAACAACCUUUUGUUGAUAGGAAACUGAAAUUCCUACUUUAUUUACAUAAGAACUGAAAGAUGGGAACAAAGUUUAUAGAGUGCCCUAGUUUCUAUAUUUAUGUCUUUUUAAUAGUUAACCUUGUACAUUGCCUGGGAAAUAGCAAACACCAAAUUAAGACAGUUAUUUACAAAGAAAGGAGUUUAUUUUUGUCAAAAUAAAAUAUGCAUUAGUUCUUCUCUAUACAGCUGUGAGAUGCAAUUUACAUACUUAAGAUGUGGCUUUUUUUCAUUCUGUGGGCAUAACUUUCCCAGAAAAACACCAAUAUGCUAACUUCAUAAAAUUAAUUUUCUGUCUGUCAGUUUUCCUCUGUGCAAGUUAUUUGCUGAAUAUAGGGUGUGCAUUAGUUAAUAGGGAACAAAUAUGCAAUGUGGGAAUCAAACAAUGUGUACUCGACUGUGACAUUACUAGUAAUGAUAUACAUUCAGCAUCAAUUUUUAUCAAACAGUUUAGUUCAAAUUUGAAGGGGAAAAAAAAGUACUUGCUGGCUUCUGCAAUAUAUCACAGAUAUAAAUUGCUCAAUAGGAAUAUAGAAUAAAAAGUGUAUUUCUCCCUCACGGGCAUGGCUCAGAACUUUAACUUGAACACUGGUAUUUUGAUUCUUUCAAAGUAUUAAGGUUAAGACUACAUUAUCUAGAGAAGCUGAGGAAGCUGGUGCCAGAGCAACUUUCCAGGGGAAAACGUUAUGGGAGUUUUUUUCCUCUUUUUCUGUUGCACACUUAGCUACCCAGUUUUUAGACCAAAACCCCCUCUGUAUUUACCUGCCAGCCUGUUUUAAUAUAUUUUAUCUGUUUGUCUCUCUGUUCAUAUAUGUGUUGCAUAUAACUCUAAAUAAAACCACUUAUGUUUUUCAUCAUCAAAC